AUGAGCACAGCGCGCCGGGCCUCGCACCCCGCAAAGCGGGCAAAAGUCGGCGAGCGCACGAUGCUAGCUUGUACAAACUGCAAGCAGCGCAAGUUGAAGUGCGAUGGGCAAAGCCCCAAAUGCAGUAAUUGCACCAGAAGUGACCGAGACUGCUUGGUCGAAGACCCGGCCACGGGUUUGCACCGCCCGCGUGACUAUGUGCGAUCUCUCGAAGCGCGCGUGGCCUUCUUGGAGGGCCUUCUGCAAGAAUCACGGCCAGAGGUGGCGAUUGAUCACUUUGCAGGUCUCUUUCAGCAGCCGCAAAAGGCCGACGGUGCCGUACCGGACUCUGCUGGUGCUGCGAAUGUUGCUCCUGGCGCUUCUACACAGCAGCCUGUCAAUGACAGUGACGAUGCUGACGAAAGUGACCUUCUCAGCAACGAGGUCGCUCUUCUCUGUCUCGGCGCCGCCGGGCGCGAGCCACAGUACUUUGGGCCUUCGUCGGCUGUCCACUUCUCGCGCAUCGUUAGUAGCACUCUGCGCUUGCCUCGUCGCGGAGGCGCUGGUGGCACAGCAAGCUCGCAUUAUAGCAACACGAGCCAUGCCACGGGUCGCUACCAGGAGUUCCCCGGCCCUGGCAUCAUGGCCAAGCUCUCCAAGGCCUACUUCAGCAACAUCCACCCGCAGUAUCCCUUCCUGCAUCAACCGACCUUUCGGCUCAUGGAGCAGCAGUGUUUAGAAGCUAGCCUGCGCAAUGACCUCGGUGCUGCCCCGGGAUCAUCUCUCUUUUUCGUGCUUAUGGUCUACGCAAUCGGCUCUCUGGCGCUUGGGCAUAGCGAGUUUGACGCAGCAGAAGGAUAUUACGCCAUGGCCCUUGAUCAAAUAGCACCCCUCCUCGACAUGGAUAACCUACUAUCCAUACAAGCAAUGCUUUGUUGUGCUGUAUAUUCUGUUCGAUCACCGGUUGGGGCCAGUCUAUGGAAAAUAUCAGGAAUGGCUAUGCGGCAUUGUAUCGAGUUAGGCUACCACCGUAGCACUGAGAGGUAUCGCAACUCGGUCGAUUCCCUUACUAAGGAGAUUUCCAAGCGUUGUUUCUGGGUCGCAUAUGAUAUUGAUCGUGUGGCAUCCUUUAUUCUUGGCCGUCCAGCAAGCAUAUCGGACAAUGCCAUUGACGUUGAGUUACCCCUAGAUAUCGACGACGAAUAUAUUACACCAGAUGGCUUGCUCUGCCCGCCGAGGCAGAACCCUUCCGACCCGCCAACCCAGCUAACGGGGGCUCUCCAUUCCAUCAAACUUCGGCAAUUAUGGUCCAAGUUCAGCGACAAUCUAUAUUCUGUCAACUCUCAUCAUGGUAGUGAUAGCGGCAGGAAUCCGAAUAUAAUUUCGGUUGAGGCUCUACGCCAGGAACUAGAAGACUGGCGCGCUACAUCUCCGGAUAAACUGGAGAAUCUUCACGCUCGACCACUGUCGGUGUUUGCCUCAAACGACUGGUUUCAGUUGGCUUACAACUAUUCUAUUUUACUUCUGUAUCGGCACUACAUCAUCGACAGCUCAAAACCCGCCGCCCAGGUGCCGGUUUCACUAACGCAGGAAGAUAGUGAGCAGGAGGACAUCCGUGACCGCGCCUUUGAGACCUGCUCAGCGCAUGCGCGGCAAAUGUGCCUCCAGUACCGGCGGCUGUAUCAGUCGCAGCAGUCACAGAUCCAGUUUACCUGGGGUAGCCUGCACAUCCUGUUCCUGGGCGGCCUGACGUAUCUCUACUGCCUGUGGAAGUCCCCUCAUGUUCGAAGACGCACGCGGCUGAACACGGUCAUCAACACGUGCAUGGCAUGCACAACAGUCCUCAUCAUUAUCGCCGAGCGCUGGAACGAGGCGAUCUCGUACCGUGACAUCUUCGAGCUGCUUUCGGAGAGCACGAUUGCCAUGAUCUGUGGCAACGGCGGGGAUGCAGCAGAGAGCCGUGGCGAGAGCUUGGAGCUGACGGCGCUGACAACUCUUAUGGGCGGCGGCGGUGGCGGCGGCGAGAAUACUUCUGGAUAUACGUACGACACAUCUACAGCUGCUAAUGGGGAUAGAGCAGACCCAGAACAGGUUGGAGGAUCCGACAUGGCUUUACAGGACUGGAUCAUGGCGUUGGACGAUGUCACUGCGCCAGGAGAUUUGCAUUGGUUGGCUCAGGAGCUACUUCAGGGCAUUAAGGAUUUCGAAGCGGAGACGAACGUUAAUUCGCUAAACUGA